AUGGAGUUUGAACCAUAUCCUCGACAACAGUUUGCCAUCGGGAAUUUUGCAACCACGGCAGCGCUCGACAUGUCGAGCGUCGCGGCGGCGUUGCCAGAGUACCCGAUGCGCCAGUUCCAACAACCACCGUAUACUCAACCUUACCAGCAUUCCGGCUCCACCAACCCGUCGAUGAUGUAUCAGUACCACCAGGGCGCGCAGUUUGCAGGUCAGACUGGUCCUCACACCAACCCCUCGUUUGCUCAGCAGUACCCGUCGCAAUAUGGACAAGGCCCGCCAUCGCGACAGCAGCCGCAGGGGGCAGCUUAUCCUCAGUUUGUCGGCAACCCAGGGGGCCCAGGAGGCCCUCAGCCGUACCCAAACCCAGCGUUCGUGGUACAGCAGCCAAUGAUACACAAUCCCGGCGCGGCAGCCCAGCCUCAUCAACAUGCACAGUAUUCACAGGCCCAUGGGACCACGGCCUAUGUUGCGCCCUAUGUCUCUAGACUGGCAACCGCCUAUCCGCUGCCACAACUGCGGCUCGACAACAGCCUUGCCCAAAGUCAGACACCGAGCAUGUAUUCACGCUCAAGUUCUCAAGUGAGGAGAUCCAGCUCAAAUUCAUCUCUGCAAACAUCCGUGCUCAGAGGCCCACCUAGGAAACCAAGGCAAUCUGGACAUGCUCUUUGGGUCGGCAAUUUGCCGCCUGCGACACAUAUAAUUGACCUCAAAGAUCAUUUUGCUAGGGAUGCGACGGACGACAUAGAGAGCGUUUUUCUGAUCUCGAAGAGCAACUGUGCUUUUGUCAACUAUAAGACCGAGGCUAGCUGCGCGGCUGCCAUGGCUCGGUUCCACGACUCUAGAUUUCAAGGAGUGCGACUGGUGUGCCGACUGCGACGUGGAAGUUCUUCGACGGCAACAUCAUCGCCAGGUGUGACCCAACAACCAACGACGUCCGCUGAAGGAGUGACGGACGUCGAUGGAGCGGUAAAAGAAACCACGAUAGUGGACGGGACAAUAACAGCGGAACCCGAACCUACGGAGAAGGUAAAGGAGAGGUUCUUCGUGGUGAAAAGUUUGACCGUCGAGGACUUGGAACGCAGCGUCGUCAGCGGAUUAUGGGCAACACAGGCCCAUAAUGAGGCUGUGUUGAACAGUGCCUAUCGAACUUCAGAGAAUGUUUACCUCGUCUUCUCGGCAAACAAGUCUGGCGAGUACUUCGGUUACGCUCGAAUGGAGUCGGCGAUCGACGACGAGGUGGCUGCGAAUAUCGAAUACCAACCACGACCGGAGGCGCGAGAGCCUAGUCCUGCAGAUCUUCCUUUGACCAUACCAACCCCGGCGACGGCGACCGCACCGAAGGGACGAAUCAUUGACGACUCGGCUCGAGGUACAAUCUUCUGGGAGGCAGACACAGGGAGCAAAGAAAAAGAAGAACAACAUACAGACGAUGACGCUGGCAACGUGUCUGGAGAAGGUUACGAAUCGACCAGUCCUGCGACACCACAAACUUUCGGGAAGCCUUUUAAGAUUAAGUGGAUGUCGACCGAUCGUCUACCAUUCUACCGGACCAGAGGCCUUCGAAACUCUCUGAAUGCCAACCGUGAAGUGAAAAUUGCCCGAGACGGUACGGAAAUUGAACCUAUCGUCGGCCGGAAGCUGGUUAAUAUGUUUCAUCGCCAUCCGAUGACAUCUACAAGCCCUGCGGCUGCUCGACCACCACAACCUCAUCAAGGGCCGUUGGGUGGCUUCAUGUACGGAAGGAGUUAUUGA